AUGGAGCGUCGUGAACUAUGUUUUGUUCGUGUCUGCGGCAAUACCAAGAAAGAUGUCCAUGCGACGAACAAGGCCGUCAGAGCGCACGUCAUGCGUAGAUACAAGCAGCAGCAGCGACUCGCAUCGCGAAGAAGACCCGAGGAGGCAGACGUCGAAGCCACUUCCCUGACAUUGACUACCUGCCUCGAUGGGGAGUUAGACCCCUUCCAGAGCCUGCCUGUCCAUCUGACACGGCGCGACCUCAUGCUAUUGCACCGGAACGCGUCGUCUGCUAUUCGCACUUCCGUGCAUGCAGAUCAGUUCGACGUCUAUAGAAAACGCUUCGCGGUGGCGGUGGGAUCCCACCCAUCCGAGCAUAUCCGGUACCUUCUACAGUCAAUAUCCGCGGUAAAUGAAAGCAUUGCGCGAUCGCCAAAUGCAAUCCAUGACUCAACCGUUGCCACGGUGGCUUGCCUCGCGAAUAUAGAAAAUCUCUGUGGAAUUGCUUCGCAUGCAGCUGUCCAUAUUCAAGGCCUGCAACGCAUGGUUGAAUUGCGAGGGGGCCCUGACCAUCUUGGUAUGCGAGGUGUCCUGCGCCGUUUAGUUUUAUGGUCAGAUCUACUAAAUAGCUCGAGCUCUGAGAGACCGGUUCGGUUUCCAUUGCGCCUUGAGAAUCAGAUGGCUCAUCUCUCAAACUUUGCCCCUUCGGCCUCUCAUGCGGAGUUCCUCAUUCAUACUAAUCCGGAUCUUGACGACAUUAUAACACUGAAGAAUGAAGUCUAUGUUUCCGAAUUACUCCUUUCUCUUCACGAACUUUCUACUUUUCUCAAUAUCAUCGGCACCCACAAGCUUCCAUGGGAAGUUGCUUAUCCCGACCCUAGCACAGACGUCAAGGCCAAGCUUGGGGUUCUUAUUCUACAUGCUGGACUACUUUUCAUAUACACAAACCUACGGGAAACACCAGUCGGCGGAAGAAUUCGGGAAAGGCUAAUAGCUCGUCUCCGUCGAGCUCUCGAUGCAGCAGACAUAGAAAGGAUGGUGCUUUUUUUCCCGGCCGAAGUCCUUUGGAUCGUCCUAAUAGGGGCUACCAGUGCAGCAGUCGAGGAACAUCAAAAUCGUUUCAGCCACCUGCUGAGACUAAUAUGCGACAAUCAUAACAUUAAAACAAGCUUGGACCUUCAUAUAUUCCUAACGGGCCUCCCGGCACUGGUAAAGAACCGCUGGAGCAUUCUCCGAUGUAUUAUGGAGAAUGAAAAUGGCUUUGACUGGAGUUGA